AUGCUCAAAACCUCCAAUCGUCUCUCCUCUCUUGUUUCUUGUCAAGCUUUAAAGGAAGCCAUCAACAAGACAAGCAAUAUUAAAAUUAUUGACGGAUCAUGGCAUAUGCCAGCCAUGAAACGUAAUGGCUAUGAAGAAUAUUUAAAAGAACACAUUCCGAAUGCUAGAUUUUUUGAUAUUGAUGGAUUGAGUGAUCAAAACACUGAUUUGCCACACAUGUUCCCUUCUGUUGAAUUGUUUGAGAAGAGCAUUACAGAAAUGGGUAUUGAAAAUACUGAUCAAAUUGUUGUAUAUGAUACUGCCUUUACUUCAGCAUUCAGAGUUUGGUAUACGUUUAAAGUUUUUGGACAUGAAGGGAAGGUUAGCUUGUUGGAUGGUGGAUUAACCAAGUGGAAGCUAUUGGGCUAUCCUAUCGAAAGUGGAAAACCAAAUAUUACUCCAUCAUCUCAUCCGUACAAGGCCAAAUAUCAAUCGGAUUUUGUUGCAAGAAUGGACGAAAUUUUGGAUAAUUUGAAUAAUCAAAAAUCAUACAUUGUUGAUGCUAGAUCAGCUGAAAGAUUUAAUGGAACUCAACCAGAACCUCGUCCAAAUUUAAAGAGUGGACACAUUCCAAAUUCUUUCAAUAUUCCAUUCCCAACUCUUGUCAAUCCAGAAGAUAAAACUUUCAAGACAGAUGAAGAGAUUUUGAAAUUAUUCCAAAACUCUGGUUUGAACAUUCAAUACAUUAAUGAUAAGAUUGUAAUUGACAAGCCAAUUAUUGGAAGUUGUGGAAGUGGUGUAACUGCUUGUGCCUUGCUCUAUUCCCUUAAUCUUCUUGGUGUUUCUCUUGAUAAACUUCGUAUUUAUGAUGGCUCCUUCUCGGAGUACGGAAAGGAAUCAUUCACCAAUCCAGUUUCCCAAAGAAAAUAA